AUGACGGUCCAAGUGGACGACAAGGCCUUCGCAGACCUGCUUGAGGUGAUACCGGCGCAGCCAGCAGUGAUAGCGAGGACUGGUGGACUUGGUUCCUCACGUGGUGUAGCUGCGGCGCAAGGUGCGGAUCCACAUUUGCCAAUUCCUUGGUUCCUUGUAGCUGUGCUCCAGGAGCAAGUCACCGUUCUGAUCCUGGAAGCACCCAAGUUUCAAAGUUUCACUCUUCGGCUGUUUGCCGUUCGUUUCUCAUUGCGCUUCAAAGCAGCAACAUUCUCGCCUUGCUUUCUCUCGCUACCUUUUCGAUUCAGAAUGGCUAGCAUGAUGGGCGCUAUGGGAGGUGCCAUGAACGAGGCAGCCAAGAAAGCUGUUGAGGAUGAACUCGCGACCAAGGCACCUGCUACCAUGAAACCCUUCUUCCCUUGCCUUGGUGGCCCUGUGGGGACCAUGGAGACCUGCAUGUGCAUGGUCCCAGCCGAUCAGCAGGACAGCGUGAAGCAAGCCAUUGCCAAGUACAAGAGCCUUUAAGUGUGAAAGCCCAUGGCCAUGGGCUGCAGUUUGCUGCGGGUUGUGGUCAGAGAAU